AUGGAGACCUACUUGGCUCCACUUGUCCUGUUGAUCUCGACGGCAGCGCGUCCGGACGCACGAGUAUUGUGCCUCCAGAAGUUGCAGCCACGCAUUAUAAAUGGAACGCCCAUCAAUAUUGAGGAUGCACCCUGGCAGGUGGCAAUAUUGAAUGAUAGCGCACCUCAUUGUGGCGGCUCAAUUUACAGCGAGGAUAUCAUUAUAACUGCGGCCCAUUGUGUGGUGGGUAUUGCUGAGGAACACUUGACAGUCCGGGCCGGAUCCGCACAGCAGUUGUCUGGUGGUCAGCUUGAGCAGGUUGCCGCCAUUGUAAGCCAUUCAGCUUACGAUCCAAAAACGACCGAUAAUGAUAUCGCUGUUGUGCGGCUAGCUCAUCCGCUUGAAUUUGGGCCAUUAGUGCAACAAAUUCCCUUGGCCACGGAAAUUCCCGAAAACGGAGCCGACGCGUUUGUAACAGGUUGGGGCAACAUAGGCCUUGAAUACCCAGAAGACUUGCAUGGGGUAAAGGUUCAAAUGAUCGACCAUGAGAUCUGCGCAUUGACCAAAUAUCCUAUGAUGGGUUAUAAAAUCACUGAGGACAUGAUCUGUGCUGCCGGAGAAUUAAAAGAUGCUUGCGAUGGUGAUUCUGGCGGCCCUUUGGUAUAUAAUGGAGAACUUGUUGGUGUUGUUUCUUGGGGUAGGGGCUGCGCCACGCCAGGAUAUCCAGGAGUUUAUGCCAAUGUUGCACAUUUUCAUGACUGGCUGCUGGACACCAUCGAGAACAUUCAGUAA